GGAGAGGAGGAGAGGAGAGGCGAGGGGAUGCUGCUGGGGCUGCCGCCGUUGCUCGGGCUGCUCUCCUCCUCUUUCCUCCCUUCGCGCCGAGCUUCUCCCACCGCAGCGCAGAGCCGAGAAGCAGGCUUCUUCCCCCGGCGUCGCGAAGAUGCCGGGCUCGGGCUCGUGGCUGCUGGCCCUCCUCCUCCUCCUCCUUUGCCCGCCGCCCGCCCGCCCAGCCAGUGAUGAUGUCGAGGUGGUGAUCCCAGAAUGGGUGCCGCAGGAGCGGAUCCAUUUCCUACAAGCCGAAAGGAGCCAGGUGUGGGGAGGCCGGAGCCGGCGUUCUGCAUCAUUCGACCCCGAAGAGGAAGAUGCCGAAGCUGCGCUCUUUAUUCGCCUCCCUGCAGGAAGUGGCCUUCACCUGGACUCCGACCUCUACCUGAGCCUCCGUCCGAACGCACAGUUCUUGGCACCUGGGUUUUCAGUGCAGGAAAUCCCUGAGGACCCAAGUGUCGAACGCAAUGCUGGCGUGGAUCGGAGUUGCUUUUACACGGGCCACGUGCUCAACCGCAGCGUUGACUCCUUUGCUUCGCUCAGCACAUGCAACGGGCUGGUUGGCUUGAUCCAGAUUGGGUCGGAACAAGUGCAGAUACAUCCGGUGAACACAUCGGAGACAUUGUUUGAUGGGAAGGAGCACUUCCUCAGGCGCAAAAGGUCUGCACGAUCCACCCGCCCUGCCCGUCCGGGGGUCCCAGGUGAACACUGCAAAGUGGUAGCAGAAAAGAAGAGGCAAAAAAAGGCAAAGCUGACUGAUGACUGGAGAGAACGGAGGAAUGCUAUUCGGCUGAUGAACGAAUACACCGUGGAAACCCUUGUGGUGGCAGAUUCUGACAUGGUCCAGUACCACGGGGCAGACGCAGCUCAGAGGUUUAUUCUCACUGUGAUGAACAUGGUCUACAACAUGUUCCAACAUCAGAGCCUUGGAGUUAAAGUCAAUAUCCGAGUGACUAAACUUGUCCUACUUCGAAGACGUCCUGCCAAGCUAUCCAUUGGGCACCAUGGGGAGAGAUCUCUGGAGAGCUUCUGCCACUGGCAAAACGAAGAGUUUGGCGGGGCAAAGUACCUGGGAAAUAAUCAGGUUCCUGGAGCACGAGAUGAUACCCCUCCGGUAGAUGCUGCCGUCUUCGUUACCAGGACAGAUUUUUGCGUCCAUAAAGAUGAGCCCUGUGACACCGUGGGGAUCGCCUACCUGGGAGGCAUCUGCAGCGCCAAGCGGAAGUGUGUUCUCGCCGAAGACAAUGGGCUGAACCUGGCCUUCACCAUUGCCCACGAAUUAGGACACAACAUGGGGAUGAGCCAUGAUGACGAUCACUUGUCUUGUGCUGGGAGGUCGCACAUCAUGUCUGGAGAAUGGGUCAAGGGUAGGAACCCCAGUGACCUGUCCUGGUCCUCCUGCAGCCGCGAUAACCUUGAAAAGUUUCUCAAGUCCAAGGUCAGCACGUGUUUGUUGGUGACGGAUCCAAGAAGCCGAUAUGCGGUGCGGCUUCCAUACAAACUUCCAGGGAUGCAUUACAGUGCCGAUGAGCAGUGCCAGAUCCUUUUUGGAACCAAUGCAACUUUCUGCAAGAAUAUGGAGCAUUUGAUGUGUGCUGGUCUCUGGUGCCUUGUGGAAGGAGACGCUUCAUGCAAAACCAAACUGGAUCCACCUUUGGAUGGUACAGAAUGUGGGGCAGACAAGUGGUGCCGAACUGGGGAGUGUGUGAGCAAGACCCCCAUCCCUGAGCACGUGGAUGGAGACUGGAACAUGUGGAGCCAGUGGAGCAUGUGCAGCAGGACAUGUGGGACCGGUGCCAGGUUCAGGCAGCGCAAAUGUGACAACCCACCUCCUGGGCCUGGGGGCAAAAAUUGCCGCGGAGCCAGCGUGGAGCACACCGUUUGUGAAAAUGUGCCCUGUCCCAAAGGUGCGCCCACAUUCCGGGAUCAACAGUGCCAGUCUCAUGACCGAUAUACCAAGAAGAAAAGUCUUUGGACUGCUGUCAUCAUGGAUGAGAAGCCCUGUGAACUGUAUUGCUCCCCAUUUGGGAAGGAGUCUCCUGUGCUGGUAUCGGACCGAGUUGUGGAUGGGACGCCAUGCGGGCCAUAUGAGAUGGAUCUCUGCGUUCAUGGCAAGUGCCAGAAAAUUGGCUGUGACGGGAUUAUUGGCUCGGCUGCCCGAGAGGAUCGCUGCGGCAUCUGCAACGGAGACGGCAAAACCUGCAAAGUGGUGAAAGGCGACUUCAACCAUACAAAAGGGAUGGUAUCCAAUAGUCAAUGUAAGAAGGUUUCUACCUGUGUGAUGGCAAAGGCAAAGGCAGUCCCCAAGUGCUUCUCAUGCUACAUUGAGGCAGCCGUGAUCCCAGCCGGGGCUCGGAGGAUCCGUGUGAUGGAGGAUAAGCCCGCACACAGUUUUCUUGCUUUGAAAGAUUCCAGUAAAAAGUCCAUCAACAGCGACUGGAAAAUUGAACUUCCUGGUGAGUUUCAGAUCGCAGGAACGACUGUCCGGUACGUGCGGAGAGGCCUGUGGGAGAAAAUCUCCGCCAAAGGACCGACCAAGAUACCCCUCCACCUGAUGGUGCUGUUAUUCCAUGACCAGAACUACGGGAUCCACUACGAAUACACCAUCCCUGUGAACUACUCUGCCGAAAACAGAAGUGAGCCUGAGCAUCAGCAGGAAUCCUUGUACAUAUGGACCCACAGUGGAUGGGAAGGCUGCAGUGUGCAGUGUGGAGGAGGAGAACGUAAAACCAUUGUGUCCUGCACACAGAUAGUUAACAAGACCAUGAUGUUGGUGAAUGACAGCGCUUGCCAAAGGGUGACCCGUCCAGAGCCUCAAGUUAGAAGAUGCAAUGUGCAUCCCUGCCAGUCAAGGUGGGUGGCAGGGCAGUGGAGCCCUUGCUCCGCGACUUGCGCCAAAGGCACCCAGCGCCGAGAAGUGACCUGCGUCUAUCAGCUGCAGAACGGCAGCUACGUCAACACCAGGGAUCUCUACUGCCUUGGUCCCAAGCCAACCGCAGUCCAAAGCUGCGAAGGUCGAGACUGCGUCUCCAUCUGGGAAGCAUCAGAAUGGUCUAAGUGCUCCUCCAGCUGCGGGCGCGGGAAGCAGAAGCGCACAGUCACGUGCACCAACUCACAAGGGAAGUGCGACGCAGCCACGCGGCCCAGAGACGAAGAGGAAUGCGAGGACCACACCGGCUGUUACGAAUGGAAGACCGGCGACUGGUCCAAGUGUUCUUCAACCUGUGGCAAAGGCCUUCAAUCCCGGGUGGUCCAGUGCAUGCACAAGGUCACGGGCCGCCACGGCAAUGAGUGUCCUACUCUUUCCAAGCCCGCAGCCUAUAGGCAAUGUCACCAAGAAGCCUGCAAUGAGAAGAUCAACGUCAACACCAUUACCUCUCCAAGGCUCGCUGCUCUGACCUAUAAAUGUGCAGGAGACCAGUGGAUUGUUUACUGCCGGGUGAUUCGAGAGAAGAACCUCUGCCAGGACAUGAGGUGGUACCAACGCUGUUGCCAGACCUGCAGAGACUUCUACGCCAGCAAGAUGCAACAUAAGAGUUAAUGGAACCUGCCUUGGCUCCUUAGGUCAUGUGUGCCUCUUCCUACAGUGUGUCAUCAACUUACGGGACUUGUGGCAACAAGAUGUGGCAAGAGCCGCAUAGAUUAGACUUGCACAUAGGGGAAUCGGGUCUCUCAAAGGCUAAAAGCCAUGGGAACAACAUAGAACUGCCGAGGUCUGAGCGGAAGGUGCCUCUGGCCAUCCGCAAUGGGAAGACGGCCAUCGCCACCCAUGCGUAGGUGCCAACUAUGGAAAGCCAACUGCUUGACCAGUGAGACCUGAUCUGGCAAAACAGGUUACAUUUGUCCAUGGCCACUGCAAGGAAGGUCUGUUUACCAAAUCUUCAGCGAGUUGCUGAACUUGGUGGAUUCCAACGCUUACCUAAUAAGACUUGAAAUUCCUUUUGCAGACUGGAUGAAUCAAAGCAGUCCACCACAAAAAAAGAAUUCAUCUCAAAGCCAAUUACAUAUAACUCUAUGUUGCUUUGACACUGCUGCUCCCCCCCCUCCCUCCCAGUAAUAUAUAGAUUAUUUCCAGCCACUGGAUGGCUUGCUACCAUUUUAUUAAAAAAAGGAAAGAGUUGAAAAGUGACUAAAUUGACUAAAGUUGGAUGUACCUCGACAGGGUCAGCCUCUGGUAAAUAGCUCAGUGUAGGUAGAGACAUUACUUAAUGCUUCAGCCUUGGCUUCGAGGUCCAGCUUCCAGCCUGAAAAGGUGGGCGGAGGAUGAUGGCUCAAAUGGGAAGCCGCUAAUGAAAUACUUAAUUCGCAAAAGAGGCUUUGCUAGGAAAGCUCCUGAAAGCCAAGCAGCAGCGGUGGCUUGAAAACCCCUCUAGAAAGUCCAACGUUUCGAACUAAGUAUGAUUUCAAAAGAACAAAAAGAAGGAAAAUCUAACUUUCCUUCUGUUUUGCCUUCCCUAUAAUAAAGGUGCCUCGCUUGCUGCACCGAUGUUACAGUAAAUAAAUCAGGACAGAUUUAAUGAUCCCGUUCGCCUUCCUAAACAGCAGCACUCAUCGGGAACCAGGCCAAAUGCACAUGUUGAAUUUUCUAGUAAUCCAAGGACAGCAGCCCUUUUGGGUAGCAAAAUACACUUGAAAGCCUAGUCAGUAAGCAAUAAGCAUGCGCUAGAGCAACUCCGUGAAAUUGCUGUCUGUGUGGCAGAUUAGUUUCAAUGCAAAGGGCAGGUGUGAGCACAGAAAGUUAUGCUGAUUCUUAGUUGCCUUUGGGUUUGGAAUGCAGGAAGAGUCAGACAGAAACUGUGUACAUAUGGCCAGGACCUCUGUGUUCAUCCUCGAUUACAGGAAUGAAAUUAAUCUCCAAAUGAUUGGGUGGCAGUAGCUGAAACAGGGGUGACAUUGCAUUCCUUGGUGCUAUUAUUUGGGAACAGAGAUGAGAAGAGUAAUGAGAAGAGUGUCAGUUUCAACACUUCCUAUUACUGUUUCUCUUCACUUUCUGUUUCUUCUCUGCCAACCCUUUCUACCACUUGGGCAUCAGUUGCUGCUUCCGAUCUAAUGGUGGGAUUCCUUCUUGAUUGUGAAACGAAUCAUGGAACGACAUGUCAUUUCUGAGAGUUGCUCUGAAACCCUAAUGCUGUUUGAAGUUUGCCUUCCAGAGCUGAAAUCCCAUGGAAAGUGGUGCUUUGGGCCAUCUCCGCUUUCCAUGGGCAUUUGACCUUUACACAUUUUGCUAAACUUUCCAAGCAAAAUGCAUCAUCCUGAGAUUAUGUCUCAUUCUCAAGAGAUGCUGCAGCCCUAUCAGGUAACGUUCUUCCCUAGCUCUCUAGAAUGGCAAGCCCAGGAUCACAAUGAUUAGCCGCUAUUCUAGAAGUCAACUACCCUGGAAUAUGACAAUAUUCAGAAGGCAUGCAGACGCCCACCAUCCAGAAAUCUGGCAGAUCGAAGCAUGGAGGCAAUUGUAAAAGAUCACCCACACAAUGCUGCUUUGGGACUUUGGUGUUAUGCAUACUGGAGGUUUCGAAAACCUUUCUCAUAUGGCAUGCAGUGGAGAGAUGUACCAGAGUAGGGAUCUCAGCAAUUAAUAUGGCAAAAUGAGGAAAUUCUAAAUGGUGCUAAAAAGUCAGGGUAAUAGGAAUCCCUCUCGAAGCAACAGGAAUCUAGACAAUGGAUACGAAGUUCAGCAAGAGGAUUGUAUUCACUCUGGGCUUAAUCCACUGCAGCAAUGCUCCAGAGGCAGCCCCACAUUGUGUUCCAAUGCCAUGAUACAACAGGGCAGAGUCUGCAUAGAAAAGCCAGGCCCAAACCGGUCCAAGCCUUCCUUUCCUUGCCCCCGCUGCCAUUGGAAGGGCUCCUGGGCCAACGGUGUUGACUUCAGAGGGAGAAGGGAGGAGCAAAUCCAACGCAAAGGGUUGGAAAAGUGGUACAGCGCUAAGAACGAGGGAGUUUGUCACCGGAAGACGUGGCAAUCUCACCACUUGUUGGGUUCAUUGCAGAUCAGGAAAAUGUGCCAAAGGUGUACUUUGGAAGAGGUGCCGUAGAUCCAGCCGUGACCUAAGAAGGGGUCAAUCAAAAGAGAAUAGAGAGGCAGAACGAUUGCAGGAUAUUUUCUCGUUUCAUUGCUUAAACAACUCCUAUUCCGUGUCGCCUACAGAUCAGGAGUGAAAUUGCAGAUUGCUCCGGAAAUGCAGGACUGCAAGCUCCUAGUAGCGCCCAGCCAGCUUAGCAUGUAGUGACAAAUGCUGGAAGUUGCAGUUCAAAAGCAAAAACGAAAAGAAAUCUGGAGCAUUACAUGGUUCCUAUGGGUAUUUUGUGUAUUCCUGUUCCAAAAUAGAAAUGGCUGUGAUCUUAGGGCCCUUCCACACAGGCCCUGUAUCCUAGGAUCUGAUCCUAGGUUUUCUAUUUAUCCCAGAUGAUCUGGCAGUGUGGACUCAUAGAAUCCAGUUUAAAGUAGAAAACCUUGGAUGACAUCCUAGGAUAUAGUGCCUGUCUGGAAGGGCCUUUAGAAACCCAGUAGUUUUCUGAGCUGCUUUCAGGUGAUAUUUUUCCAAGCACGUCUUGGUCCUUAAAUCUGGCUUUCCAGCAUCUUCUGCAAUCUGGAUAGUUAGAAAAAGUUUGUAUCAGUGAGCAAGCUAUCAUUCAGGGACGCUUCUCUAUCACUACUAUAUUGUUCACUGAGGAACUCCUGGUUGGCUCUUGAAGGAACUAAAUCUCACUCAUUAUGAUCCAGAAAUGGCCUCGACACGACAGUCACGAAACGUCGGGUUUCAGAGCAGCUACAGCAAUGCCUUUGGUGCUUCGCUUUGUGCGCAAUGCGCUUGCAUGACCAUUGUGGUAUUUCUGUUGUGUCAAAAACAAUAUUCCAUGUACUGUUCUCUGAAGUACUGUACAUUGAUGAUUGCACAGUUUUGUCACAUAACAGAGUGUAAACUCUGGCUAUCAAAGGGUGCUUUAUUUUGUAUUUUUCCUUCGUGUUUUUUUUUAAAAAGAGAAUCCUCUUUGCAGUUGAAUAUUGAUAUUUUUAUUCGAAAACAAGACAACAAUGCAACGUUGUUUUUCAAUACAGAGUGGAAAAGUGUAUAUAUUUUUUCUAUAGUGAACUUACAUAUGAACUGUAGCCAUGGUAACAAUUCUAUGUUGUUGUUUUGUUGUUGUUUUCUCCUGGUGCUGGCUAAAACGUCAAAAAUAUAGUCAAGCGUAACAGAACCAACUGUAAAUUAAAAGAGAUCAUUCUAUUUUAGAAAUUUAAAA